CUUUCCUCUUCAAGGGGUUGAAUAACCACAAGACGACAAAAGGUCUCAAACUGAUGCUUGGCUAUGGCCCUACUCUCAGAGGCCUUGGGAAACGGGUGGAAGGUGUGUCUGCUCAUGCUCAUGAUCUCCUCUCAAGUUCACUCAUUAAGAAAGGUGGUACGUGCUGUUGGUGAAUCUGUUCAGCUCAAGAACUCUGAAGGCUUUCAUGGACCCUAUUCAGAAGUCACUUGGUUCUACAACGAGACCCAGAAGAUCUUGAUAUGGACCAAAGAAGAAGGAACUACAAUGUUCCUACCUAAUCUGAAACCACGGAUCCAAUUUGAUGCUGAUAAUAACACUUUACAUAUCCAACAGCUUCAGAAGGAGGACAGUAGCACCUAUAUACUCAGAACUUCCUUACUGAGUACAAAACAGGAACUCUCAGAGCACAUCAGGCUGGAUGUAUAUGAGAGACUGACAGAGCCAAACAUUACAUCGGGGCCUAAGACCAAUGAUAAUGGUACCUGUCUAGUCAAUGUGACAUGUUCUGUGGAACAAGUAAGAGAGAGUAUAACAUACAACUGGAUACCUGUGAGACAAGGAGCUAAUGAAAACAGUGAAGGACCCAUCCUCAGCAUCACUUGGAAACCUGGUGACUAUGACCAGUAUACCUGUACUGCCAGGAACCCUGUCAGCAACAGCUCCUAUACCAUUUUUGUCAGUGAUCUCUGUGGAGGCAAAACUUCUAGAGUGUCCCGGGACUUGCUCGUAGUCAUUCUGCCCUCCAUCUUCAGCCUCCUGUUCACUCUGAAUUGGGCCCAAUAACAUGAGUGCUUCACUGGACUUCCAACACCAUAUUCUACCUUCACCAGGCCACACAGACCAACUUUCAUUACUAUACAGAAAAAGUAGGCAGGAUGAAAAGAGAGAUUGGACCUGCUCCUUGUGUCUACCUCUCAUCCUCCUCAUCAAAUUCAUUUGGCUACCACCUUUAUUUUCCCCCCAACAUGCCUUGUACCCAAGAUCUGUCGGGAAUAAGUAUUCAUAUAGUGCCUACCAAUGAUGUAGGAGGCAAAAAGGGGUUAAUAGAAAAACCCAAGACCGAAGCUCUAAUACAGAUAUUAGCUCCAAAAGGGAGUUAUAUCCCAG